AGCUCAAACGAUCUAGAUAAAAAGCGGAGUCGCUUGGCAUAGAGCUGUGCGAAGCGUUAAGCAGGCAGACAAGCAGGAAUCGAAGCCCGUUCAGGAAGAAGCAGUCAAUACAUACACACAGUGAGCAUAAAGAUGAAGCUGCUGCUGCUAGUGGUGGCGUCCUUGGUCGCCGUAUGCCUUGCCGAGCCAAAGCCUGCCAUCAAUGAGGUCAAGUCAAAUCAACCCUUGCAGAAGCCGGGCCGAUUCUUGUCACUACCCGUACCCGAGAAAUGUGCAUCGCGUCCGAAGCAGUUCAGUUACCGUGGACAUAACUACUUCUACAGUGCCCACGUUCCGGCUCUCGCCGACAAGCGAGUUGACUGGCUCGAUGGCCGUAAUAUCUGCCGCGAGUACUGCAUGGAUCUGGUGUCGCUCGAAACGCAGGAAGAGAACAACCUGAUCUUCCGAUUGAUUCAGCAGAACGAUGUGCCAUACAUCUGGACCGCGGGUCGGCUGUGUGAUUUCAAGGGUUGCGAGGGUCGCCCGGAUCUGGAACCAAAGAACAUCUACGGCUGGUUCUGGUCAAACAACCGUGAGAAGAUCCAUGCCACCAACCAGAUUCCGAACGGCUGGGGCUACAACCCGUGGAGCAAAUCGGGCCACAAGAAGAUCCCGCAGCCAGACAACGCCGAGUUUGACAUCAACCAGACGACCGAAUCCUGCCUGUCGAUCCUGAACAAUGUGUACAACGACGGUAUUGGCUGGCACGAUGUCGCCUGCUACCAUGAGAAGCCGGUCGUGUGCGAAGAUUCCGAGGAGCUGCUGAACUACGUGUCCGCUACCAACCCGGGCAUCCGUCUCUAAGAGGGAACAGAGCAGCCGGUGCUCGACGUGCAAGCACAUUAGAACUGCCCGGUGAAAUGGUGAAACUGCCGCGGAAGCGCCACCAACCAACUCGAGGAACCAAAUGUCCUCCUAUCUUUCUUCUGUACAACUUUUAUUGCUACCAUACUGCUCAUCCUGGAAAGGCGUAGUACGUUUCCUCAUUUCAUGUAGUCGAUGAUUUUUGCAGAAAACAUCCAGUGCGAUAUGUUUGUUCUUUUGCUAAAUAGGACGGUUGACGAACACAACAAUAUGCAUUACAGUGAAAACGAUCCAAACAAUCAACAUGUCACCUUCCGAAUCGUUCCAACAUUAGCCAUCCUUUCUCAAUCGUUGGAUAAGUGGUCAUGAAUUACAAAUAACCUUGCAUCUUAACGUAUUAUAACAUAUUCUUGUUUCCUUUGAACGUACCCUUUCUUCAUCCGUUUAUUAAGUUUGGUUAAAUAACAUAUCAAUCUUAUCAAUACAGAGGUAAUCAAACAUCUAAACACACACACGCGCACACUGGAACACAUGUAAAAUGUUUUCUAAAUGUAUAUUUAUUGAAUAAAUAGACU